AUGUUCAACGCCAACCCGUUCCGAAAUCGGUCAAGAAAUUUCACUUUUAAAAAAAUAAGCCGUCAUGGGACGCCUGGCAGAUGUGAAACAUCAUGUGUGUACAAACGUAUCUCCGUCUACUCGAUGGCAUACAUCAUGAUCGCAACGGCGUAUUAUGGAAUCGAUGAGUUCAUGAGAGCUUGGCAUCACAGAAUAUUACCCCUCGAUACUUGGGUCCCAUACAAUUGCUCCGACCCAUUGUUAUGGUGGCUGUCAUCGGUGUAUUUGACAAUUGCGAUGCUCUACGCCAUCAUCUUCAAUACGAUAUAUAACGUUUUCUUCUUCGAAAUGAUGAUGCAGAUCGUCGUUCACCAAAAGUUGAUAUCACAAAGAAAACUUUUCGUCAGAAGGAAUUGCCGAUCGGCGAGAGACAUAAAAUUAAUUUUUUCUUUCGUGGUUUUGAUGCAAUACUUAACAACAUCAUUGAUCCUCUGUUCAACGGUUUACAUCAUGUCCGGGACACCAGUAUUUUCAAGAAAUUUUGGAAAAUUAACCCUUUAUUUUGGAGCUAUUCUUCAUCAAAUAUUUCUUCUCUGUUACGCUGGCCAUCGAACCCGUUUGGAGUUUGAGAGCAUUCCGGAUGUUUUAUACACUUCCAAUUGGAUUGCUCUGAGUGAAGCUCAUAAGCAAUCGAUAAAGUUCAUGAUGAUCAAUAGUAAAAAGCCGUUUGUUUUCACUUGUUGUGGCAUUCUGAAAUUGGAUUUACAUGCAUUGAAAAAUACACUUCAGUUUGCGUAUUCUAUAUACAAUAUUCUCUAGAAUUGUGGCGCCUUAUUCUCUGUUGGAAAUAUUUUUGACGCCAACUGAAACAUUAGACUCGUCAGGAAAUGACGGAAAAUACUGGGCUUCUUUAUGAUCUAAACCGCCCAACACUUGGACACCCCCAUAGGCAAAAGGGCCUUGUCUGUGAGGCAGACCUCUCAUCCUGGACGAACUAAGGACAAGGCACACUCUCGAACGGUGUCUCGAGCAAAACCCAUUGAAUAAAUAAUCUAGCUAGAAUUCCAUCGGGUCCUUGACUAGAAAGUAAAUGUUAUAAACUGAAUAAACAGCUACAUGUG